GGACGCACGGACUCCAUUACCCAGCGUUCCGCGCGCCGCUUGUAAACAGAGCUGUCAAACAACAUCGACGCCAUUUCGACAAGAGCCUUAAAAUGGCAGUAUAAUGCAGCGCGAGGACCGUUCCUCACUGAAUAAGAAGCGACGCGCGCUUCCCACGCCCGCGGACACAGACGCGCUGUAACGGACACUCGAAGACGCCCCGCGGCGACGCGAUGGAUAUCAGCACCGCGCUGUUUAACGCGGCGAGGGACGGAAAGCUGAAGCUCAUCCAGAAGCUGCUGAGCAACAAAAGUCCGGAGGAGCUGGAGGCGCUGUCGGAGGAGAAGACGCAGGGAGGCACGCCGCUGCUGAUCGCCUCGCGCUACGGACACCUGGAGGUGGUGGAGUACCUGCUGGAGCACUGCAGGGCCGGCGUGGAGCGCGGCGGAGCCGUCAACUUCGACGGCGAGACGAUCGAGGGCGCUCCGCCGCUGUGGGCGGCCUCCGCCGCGGGGCACCUGCCGGUGGUGAAGACGCUCCUGAAGCGCGGAGCCUCCGUCAACAGCACCACCCUCACCAACUCCACCCCGCUGCGGGCCGCCUGCUUCGACGGACACCUGGAGAUCGUGCGCUACCUGGUGGAGCACCGCGCUGACAUGGAGGUGGCCAACCGGCACGGCCACACCUGCCUGAUGAUCUCCUGCUACAAGAGCCACAAGGAGAUCGCCAAGUUCCUGCUGGAGCGCGGAGCCGACGUCAACCGCCGGAGCGUGAAGGGCAACACGGCUCUGCACGACUGCGCCGAGUCCGGGAGUCUGGAGAUCAUGAAGAUGCUGCUGAAGGGCGGCGCACGCAUGGAGCGGGACGGGUACGGCAUGACCCCGCUGCUCGCCGCCAGCGUCACCGGACACACCAACAUCGUGGAGUACCUGGUGCACCAGCCGCGCGCCGUCCGAGAGCACCGCGUCGACGCGCUGGAGCUGCUGGGGGCCACCUUCGUGGACAAGAAGCGCGACCUGCUGGGAGCCAUGCGCUACUGGAGGAGAGCCAUGGAGCUGCGGCGGGCGGGCGAGAAGACCCUGGCUAAACCGGCCCCGGGGCCGCCGGUGCUGGCGUACGACUGCGCCCGCGAGGUGUGCACGGCGGAGGAGCUGGAGGCGCUGAUCACCGACCCGGACGAGAUGCGCAUGCAGGCGCUGCUGAUCCGAGAGCGCAUCCUCGGGCCCUCGCACCCGGACACGUCCUACUACAUCCGCUACCGCGGGGCCGUCUACGCCGACUCGGGCAACUUCGAGCGCUGCAUCAGUCUGUGGAAGUACGCUCUGGACAUGCAGCAGAGCAACCUGGACCCGCUCAGUCCUAUGACGGCCAGCAGCUUCCUAUCCUUCGCCGAGCUCUUCUCCUUCGUGCUGCAGGACCGAGCCAAGGGUCGGGUCGCUCGGGUCACCUUCCAGGAUCUGAUGGGUGUUCUGGAGAAGAGCGUGCGUGAGGUGGAGCGUGCCGUGGCGCAGCGGGACAGUCCUCCGGAGACGCCGCAGUUCACCAAAGCGCUGUGCAUCAUCCUGCACCUGCUGUUCCUGCUGGAGAAGCUGGAGAGCGCUCCGGAGCAGGAGCACCAGAAGCGGCAGACCGUGUACCGGCUGCUGAAGCUCCACCCGCGGGCGCGGAGCGGCUACACACCGCUGCACAUGGCUGUGGACAAGGACACCACGUCUGUGGGCCGUUACCCGGUGGGGCGGUUCCCGUCGCUGUGUGUGGCGAGUCUGCUGCUGGAGUGCGGCGCUGAUGUGGACUCGCGCGACUGCGAGAACAACACGCCGCUGCACAUCGCGGCCGCUAACGGCUGUCCAGAGAUCAUGGCGGCGCUGAUCCGGGCCGGAGCGCACUUCGACGCCACGAACGCACAGCACAAGACGGCCUACGAGCUGCUGGACGAGCAGAGCAGCGGGCGACACGCGCUACACCCGCUCAACCACGUCACGCUGCAGUGUCUGGCGGCCCGCGCCAUCGAGAGACACAGGCUGCCCUACAGAGGGCUGAUCUCAGAGCAGAUGGAGGCCUUCAUCGAGCUGCACUGACCCCCAGCAGUCAUCCACCCAACCGGCCAGUGGUGCUCUCGCUCCCGAAGCGCUCGAGGUGGACGUUUGCGCGGGCCGUUGGUGAUCUUCCAGGAAACUUGCCUCUUUCUCUUCUUGUCUUUGACUGACAGGGUCUGUUUCAGGGCGUCACAAACUGCUUCUCGAUCGCAUGAUCAGAGCAUUAAUGCAAAAUUUAAAUGCAAGCGUUUUCUAUCAGACCGUCUCUCGUCCGGUGUGGGAACAUGGUGUAGAGUUGUUUCUUCUCAGUGAUGAUCCUGAAGGACCCCGGGGUGCCAAAUGCUAGCCUUACGCGGUUGUCUUUUCUAACGGCUUUGAAUGUGUGCGGCUGUGCUUUUAAUGUGUUUUUACUGAAUUUCCUUCCUCUGGGGACGCACUGUAAUAUAUAGAACUUGGGACUCUAUCCCGUCUGUAUGAGAACAGCUAUUUUUUAAUUGCUGACGUUACAUUGAUAUCUAUGCAGUUUAUUAACAGCGGUGGAUUUUUAGUGACAGAUUGGGCAACCCAGGUUGUUUUGUGUUUUCUUUUCCUAUGCAGGGUUACGUGAAAAGCUUCGUAUGCGUUGUAGACUUAUUCUAAAUGGCUGUACGUUUUUAUUCUUGGUAAGACUUCGUUGCUGAAGUGAUGUAUUUCUCUGUUGUCCGGUCUGUCCUUGUAAAAGCCACCCUGUGAAAGCACUUUGGAAAUGUUAACACUUUGUUUAACCUCAAAAACCAGAGACGUCUCUCAGAAACUAUACACGUGAUUUGGUUAAUUUAAGACAAUUUACUACAAGACAAAAAUGUGUAUGGUGAUGCCUGAAUAAAAUGCAAGUGUCCCGUCUGUCUGUGUGAUGUUUGUUGGUCUCGGGAACGACUGACGCUCAUCUGAAUCCAUCUGUGGGCUCCAUGAAGAGCCGUUGAUUGUGGGUUUUCUUUCAGGUCGGGAUGCUUUCCAGUCGUUAGGCAAGUUCUUCCUUUCGACAGCUUCAGAGUGUAACGUGCUUACUCUAAACAGCUGCACUGAUCAUCUAAUGUCGUGCUAUAGUUUUAGCUUCUGCGUGCUAGAACAAAUAUGUUUCUCUGAUAAUGAGAGUUUCUGAUGUAGCUCAUUUACAUGUCUUCAAUUAAUGCUGUUAUGUACAUUUGUCUCAUAAAUCAUGGGCAGGUCAUAUUUCACCCCAAAACCAAGAAACUAAAGAAAAUAGAAUUGAAGAAUUAUUUCUGUUGUUGUAAUUCAUUAGUCAAUCCCCUCCUGUAUUUCAGAAACUACAGCAAAAAAUACAGAGAAAUGAAGUGUAUUCGUUCGAUCGUAAUUGCAUUUGUAAAGUAUAAUUGUUAUACGUCAUGCUAGCAUUUGUUGUGCUUCGAAUUCUGAUUUUAAAAAAAUGUUGAAUUGUCUAACGAGGGUUACAGCUAAAAAGACAUACUUUUCUAAUUCCGACUAAAAUUGAACAACUUUAUUAAGCAGUGAUUUGGGGGUGAAAUAUGAAACAUGACAUUUCUUUCUCAGGCACCGCUUUCAGCUGACUGUGGUUCCCAGGACUCUCAGGAUCAGAGGUUAUGGAGACUGAAGUAAUUAGACAGCUGAUUAAUGAGCAUUUAAUGGCUCGUCCGAGGCUGAAAUGUGUUUGUAUUCUGCUCUGUUUGCUGACAGAAUCGUGUCACGUUCACACGCAGCGUUUCAAUCAUUUCCAUCAGUGCCAGUUUAAUUCUAUUGUAUUGAAAACUCUCGCCUUAAUCUACAGAAAUGUAAUGUUUGAAGCUAUGUCUUGGAUGUUGUAUGGUAUUUAACAGUAAUGCUGUCUGUUUUAUUCCCCUUCAGUCUUGUUUG